AUGUCUACGCUCACCAUCAAUGGCCUCACAAAAGGCACAAUCGACGAGAAGAUCCAAUUGCUGACGCACAACCUCGUCAACAUCAACGACACAACCGGCGAGUUUUUGCUGAGGCUCGACGACGGUCGCGUCAUCGACACGAAGGGCUGGGACGGAUGGGAAUGGACACACGGCAUUGGGCUCUAUGGCCUCUGGCACUACUACACGCUCACCGGAUCCCAAGCCACCAAAGACAUCAUGUUGGGAUGGUUUGAAAAGCAAUUGAGCAAGGGUACAACAAAGAACAUCAACACCGUAAGCCCGUUCUUGACGCUUGCGUACCUGUACGAAGAAACCGGCAACAAGACAUUUGUUCCAUGGCUGGAAACAUGGGCCGAAUGGGUCAUGCAUGGCCUACCAAGAACGAAGUUUGGCGGCUUCCAGCACGAGACGUACAACUCCUUCAACAAGGACGAGUUAUGGGACGACACGCUCAUGAUGAGCGCUCUGCCACUAGCCAAAAUCGGGCUCACACUCAAUCGCCCGGAGUAUGUCGAGGAAGCGAAGAGGCAGUUUAUGCUCCACUGCCAAUAUCUGUUCGACACAAGCACUGGACUUUUCUAUCAUGGGUGGAAAUGGGAGGAGAAGGAGGACGGGGUGGUGGGGCAUAACUUCGCGAAGGCGAGGUGGGCGAGGGGUAAUUCGUGGCUCACGAUUGCGAUCCCAGACUUCAUUGAGCUACUCGAGCUGAAGGAGUCGGACCCGCUGAGACAAUUCCUGGUUGGCAUUCUAGAAUCACAGUGCAAGGCGCUGGUCAAACUGCAGGCGGAAAACGGCAUGUGGCGCACGCUGCUUGAUGUCCCCGUCAGCGAGGGCUCAUAUGAAGAGGCAUCUGCCACUGCUGGCUUUGCAUACGGCAUGCUCAAGGCGUGCAGGAAGAGGUACAUUAGCGGCGAUGUGUAUUUGGACUCGGCUGUCAAGGCUAUCAAGGCUGUGAUCGGCAAGGUUGACGCCAAAGGAGAGCUACAGGAGGUCAGCUUUGGCACUGCGAUGGGGCAUACGCUGCAGCACUACAAGGACAUUCCCAUCACGAGCAUGCCGUAUGGGCAGGCAAUGGCCAUCAUGGCGUUGGGAGAGUACCUGAGGACUUUCAUCUAA